UUUGGUUAUCUAAUAGUAUGCUAUUUAUUAAUACAGAUUGGAGAGGAAGGAGAAGGAAACAUGAAGGGAGUAAAAAGAGUGAAGCAAGGAGAGUGUAGAAGAGUGAGGUGGAAAGGUGAAGAGAAGGAAAGGAAGACAAGUGAAGAAAAGAGGAGGAGAAAGAUUGGAGGAGAAUAAAAAGUUAAGAGACUAAUUAAGACUGGCACAAGGAGAGUGAAGAAGAGCAGACAGAUGAGAUACAAUGACUCUUUCCAAGAAAUGGAAAUGCACUUUUUUUAAUGAUAAACAUGAUGAGGGAAUUUCCAUUUCAUACGCUCAGGUCAAGACGAUAGAAUGGUUCACUGCAUCCUCUCUUUCAAUUGACAGCCGGUGAAGAACGGCAGUGGUAGAACAUCAUCAGAUGAAAAAGCAUAAAGCCUCUCUGAUUGCCCGUGUUGGUAUGUCCUCUGUCACCACAUUCUUCAAGAAUAUGGUUUAGCUGUGCAGGAGGGUGUCUUUGCAUACCACACUAUGCGACACAAUCAUAGUUACAGAUCUAUGGACACGGAAGCUUUAUGAGCAAAAGUUUACAUGUGCUAGGACAAAAUGUGACGCCAUAGUGAGUAACGUGUUAGUAACAUGGGCAACUACUUUGGUAACACAGGACCCAGACCAGGUUGAAUUUGUGUCCCUGUCCAUUGAUGCGUCCAAUCAUGGGAAUGUAAAGCUGCUGCCAAUAGUAGUCAGAUAUUGUAAGAUAUAUGAAGGCAGCACAUCUGUGGAAACAAAACUGCUUGAUUUUGUUGAAUUGCAUGGAGAAACAGCAGAGGAAAUUGCAGCUGAGGUCCUGGUGGUCAUCCAAAAAUGUAACUUGGAAAACAUUCUCUGCCAACAACAAAUACCAACUUUGGAGGACUGAAUAGGCUGGGAAGGGUCAAUGUCCAUACCAAAGUUAAAAAUGCUCUGCAGCGGGAGGUGAUUGGCUGAGGUUUUCAUUCAUAACACGGCCAGAACAGCUUUGGAUAUGAUGUUGAGUAUCUGCUCAUAAAGAUCUUUGAAUAUGUUCAUAUUUUCACUGUCAGAGUAGAAAGACUGAAGGGCUUUUGUGAGUUUGUUGGCCAGGAGUACCAUAACAUUUUAGGACCCAGCAAUGUUCGCUGGAUGUCCAUGCUCCCUGCUCUAGAAAGAGUGCUGAAAAUGUAUGUGCCAUUGAAAUCCUUUUUUAUUUCUGAAGAACAAUGUUCGAAGAUCCACUGACUGAACUUUGGCUGGCCUUUGUCCAUGGAAACUUGACUGUAUUCAGUGACACGAUCAAGAUGCUUGGAGGCCAGGACCACUGUGCUGUGGACUCCGCUGCAAUUCUGAGAAACGUUCAGGCAAAAUUGACUGCAAGACGUGAUGAAAACUUCCAGUUUUGGUCAGAGGACUUUGAGAGAGCUAGAGGAAAAUGGAGCCAUGUCUAAAGGCAGCUUUCUCAAAACAUCCCAAUCAUUCUUCACUAUGGAUGUGAACUACUUGCAAGCAUGGGGAAAGCACACAGAUAAUCUAAAAUAUUUACAUGGUCUCCUUUUAAAAAGGCAACCUCAGCGUGAAGAGAUUCAGAAGGCAUCAGCCACACUGCAGGAAAAAUGCCCCAAUGUGACCAUCAAUGAGGAUGCAUCAUUGUGUGAUGAAGUUACUGGCCUGUAAGAGUUCCUAAAGGGGGGAUCGCUUGAAGAAUGGAAAACAUCUGAGACACCGCUUAGUCAGAGAUGGAGCACGGUGGUUACCCUCUUCAAAUAUAAUGACAUCCCACACACUAACCUGGCUAGAUUAGCGUCUGUUGUCAUGUGCUUACCUGGAAGUAAUGCACCAGUCGAGAGAGUGUUCUCCCAAAUUAAUGAUCUAUGGACAGCAGCAAGAAAUAGGUUCACUGUUCCUACCAUCAAGGCCAUGCUUAUUGUGAAGACAAACUAUUAACCUCCCCUGCCAGGAGUUCAUGGAGAAGCUGGCCAAAGACAGAGCAAUCCUGAAGAAAAUACAUUCUUGUGAGAAAUAUACAGAUUAGAAUGCAUUUUCCUUGUCACAGAAGAGUUAAGACUUGACCCCAUGGUUGGAUAUCAUGCUGUUGAAUUACUUGAAAGGUUCAUGAUAAAGCACCUGGAGGAUCUGUUUUCAACACCACACACACCUGCAGGGGCAGCAGGUGCCCAUAAAGGAAAUUACGUGGACCUUGUUUAUGAGAAACUGAGUGAGAAGUUCCAUCUCAUUCUCCUCUCUUGUGUGCAAAUAGCAAGCAAACUGUCUUUGCACAGUGCUGUGGUUGACAACAACACAGCAGCGCAGUUUCUUCACUCGAUGGGCCACAGCAUUUCCAAACAAACUAUCAUGGACAUGGAGCUGAUGAUCUUGAAAGCACUUGACUUCAGGCUAAACACCCCCAACCCUCUGACUUAUGUUGAGAUACUCCUGGAGGUGCUUGGGCACAAUGACUCUUCUAUCCCUGUGGAGCACCUGCAUCACCUCAGCAGACAUGUGCUCCAGUUCACCUACCUCCAGAGGACAGCCAUCUAUGACUCCCUGCUCAAGGCCACGACUCAGUGCCUGAGCCCAUCUGACGAACAGAGAAAGACUUUCGUGUCGGUGACUGAAGACUGCAUGCUUCUUGGUGUUGGUGUCAUUGCUGUGGGUGCAUACAUCCUCAAUGUCACUAACUGGGAACAGGUAGUGGAGGAGCUGAGUCACAUCACAGGGAUCUCAGUGAAGAGCAUCAGUGAUUUCACACAUGUUACACUGAUGCACAUUACCAAGAACAACUCUCCCAUGGUCACAGCAACUUGAGUCGAGUCCGAACAACACAU